GCGGAGAGGGGCGGGGCGCGAGACGUGCUGCCGCGUCCUCGGCGGGUCUGAGGGCGGUGGCGGAGCAUGAGUUUGCCGCCGAGGCUGGUGCUCGCUGGAGAUCCGAGCGGUGCAUGCUUCUUCCCGGUCGCACUGUGAGGCAGCGGCGGUGGAGGGGAAGAGCAACCGGAGGCAGGCCGGCGCCCCGUCUCGGAGGCUGGACAGCUCCGGGUUCGCGGGGGACGCCGCUCCUCCGCCGGCGGGGAUCAUGGCAUCGCUGGCGGACAGAGUGCGGGACCACGGGCGAAUCGCCGCCGGGCUUCUGUUCAACCUGCUAGUGUCCAUCUGCAUCGUGUUCCUCAACAAAUGGAUCUACGUGCACCACGGCUUCCCGAACAUGAGCCUGACCCUGGUGCACUUCGUGGUCACCUGGCUGGGCUUGUACAUCUGCCAGAAGCUGGACAUCUUCGCCCCCAAAAGUCUGCCGCCCUCCAAGCUCCUCCUCCUGGCCCUCAGCUUCUGCGGCUUUGUGGUCUUCACCAACCUCUCGCUGCAGACCAACACCAUCGGCACCUAUCAGCUGGCCAAGGCCAUGACCACGCCGGUCAUCAUAGCCAUCCAGACCCUCUGGUACCAGAAGAGCUUCUCCACCAGGAUCCAGCUCACGCUGAUUCCUAUAACUCUAGGUGUAAUCCUAAAUUCUUAUUACGAUGUGAAGUUUAAUUUCCUUGGAAUGGUGUUUGCUGCUCUUGGUGUUUUAGUUACAUCUCUUUAUCAAGUGUGGGUUGGAGCCAAGCAGCAUGAAUUACAAGUCAACUCAAUGCAGCUGCUCUACUACCAGGCUCCGAUGUCCUCGGCCAUGUUGCUGGUGGCUGUGCCCUGCUUUGAGCCAGUGUUGGGAGAAGGGGGAAUAUUUGGCCCGUGGUCAGUUUCUGCUUUGCUCAUGGUUCUGCUGUCUGGAGUAAUAGCUUUCAUGGUGAACUUGUCAAUUUAUUGGAUCAUUGGGAACACUUCACCGGUCACCUAUAACAUGUUUGGACACUUCAAGUUCUGCAUUACUUUAUUUGGAGGAUGCGUUUUAUUUAAGGAUCCGCUGUCCGUUAAUCAGGGUCUGGGCAUUUUAUGUACAUUGUGUGGCAUUCUCGCUUACACGCACUUCAAACUCAGUGAACAGGAAGGAAGUAAGAGUAAACUGGCACAGCGUCCUUGAGUGUCUGGGCAAAGUGGAAGCUGCCCCGGGGAUAAAAAAUGUACAGUGUGCAAGUUCUUUUCAAAGGAGAAUAAGGAAUUAUGGUGCCAAAUUCAAUGACCGAUUUGCAAGAAGUGAUGCAAAGGAAAUUUUAUUCACAAAUAGGACUUUUUUUUUUUUUAAAGAACAUUUUCCUUUCCUUUUAAAUGUAACUCUCUAAAGCCAAAAAGGUUUAUGCUUUCUUUUGAAGAUGAUUAUAUGAAGUAGAUGGGGUGGUUUGGUUGUACCGAGUAAGCACAUAACAAUGACAGUUCUGAUGUAAGGACAAGGGAGCUGUGUGACAGUACUGUGUGUGUGUAAGUUUGUAUGACAGCCUACAGAUGGUGGCUUUGUGGGGUUCCUACGCUCCUAAGGACAUAUGGGAGUCUUCUGCUUGCUAGUAGAUGCUUUUCCUUUCCCAGGGUGAGAUGUUUUACAGCUCUGGUCAAAGUGUUCAAGUCAGAACUGAAACCUAGCAUUUCUGUUUUAGUUUCGUUUUUUACUUUGCUUUAGUUGGAAUUUCUGAUUAUUUCAUUUAUAGAAAUGAAAUAUCUAUAGAAAGCAAAGUAUAAUAUAGAAGAUGAUCAUUAGACAACGCUUAAUUCUCAAAGUACUAUUUUUCUAUAGGAAAUGGAUGUCAGAAGUCAGACAUUAUAAAAAAAAACACUACCGUUUUAUAGGUCUUCUCUUGUUUUUGGGCUUUCAGUGGAUUCUGGAAAGUCCAUGUGGAGUUAAAAACCAAAAUAACACUGGUUAUUUGAACUGGCUCAGAGAAAAGACUGUGGAUGGGAUGGGGCAGGUUUCUCACGAUCCCAGGAGCUGCCUUCCUGGCUUCUCUGAGCAUUUCAGGGUGAUCAUGUCUUCAUCUCACCUCCCUCCCCCGCCCCCAGUGUGUGUGGCAUCCCUGCGGCGGCGUGAUUUUCAAGAACUCCUUUCUAAAGUGACCGAGGAAGAUCAUUACGCUGCAAGUGAGGGCCAUCACCCUGCAGACCCUGGGCAGAAACUCCGUGAAAAUAGGAGGAAAGGUGUGGAGGAAGUGAAAAAUCAGUUAAUAUUUAACUGGUUCUAUGAGUUUUUAAAGGGAUGAUUUUUUUUGAUUGGGGUGCAGGGUCUGGCACUGUGAAGUAGUAGGUUAAGCUUCUGCCCAUGGUGCCAGCAUCCCAUAUGGGCACCGGUUUGAGUCCCAGCUGCCCCUCUUCUGAUCCAGCUCUCUGCUAUGGCCUGGGAAAGCAGUAGAAGACGGCCCAAGUGCUUGAGAGACCCGGAAGAAGCUCCAGGCUCCAGGCUCCAGGCUCCAGGCUCCAGGCUCCAGGCUCCUGGCUUCAGAUCAGCCCAGCUCCAGCCAUUGCAGCCAUUUGAGUAGUGAACCAGUGGAUGGACGAUCUCUUUGUAACUCUGCCUCUCAGAUAAAUCUUUUUUAAAGUAUUGGAGUUCAAGAGAAAUCCAAGAUUUCCACUUAAGGAAAUCUAGUGCCACCUAUUUAAUGGUGAACUGUAUUUCUGCCUUCGGAUCCUUGACAUUCAGACAUUAAAAGCAGUUGUUGAUAAUCUCACAACAAAUGGAUCAAAACCAUUCAUUAUUUUGUAAUAAGUAAUUCCUUUUCCAAAUAUCGUUUAUAAACUCUCGAUGAGAAAAUAGCUUAAGAUGACAAAGAGCUCUACAUGUAUGAUGCUCAAUUCUGUUAUGUGUUGUUUAUCACAAUAAAAACACCCACAGAGACAUCGUUUAGAUUUGUAGGAUUUUUUUCCCCCAUGGCCUGUUUAAAAUGAAAAGUCUUGCUGAAUAUCUAUUUUGAAGAUUUGUGGUUUGUCAGUCCAUCUGUCUAUGAUUAGUAUACUCGGGUUUCUGUAUUUGCUUUACAUUUUCUUUGGUUUUUCUCUGUUCACAAAGGUACUUUUUGUUGUCCGGAACAGUUUGUGUGUUCCAUAGGAACUCCGUGCAUCACGUUUGUGGUGUAUGUUUAAAUCAACGUGAAAUUAUUUCUCCAGCUCCCGAGAGGAGUGUCUCAGCACAGUGAGGAUCAUUUGCUUUCCGUGCACUGCAAAUCUGAGGGAGAGGGCUAAAAUGAACGUGGGGUGGCUGAUAAAUGCCUGGUGUGCAGAGGACUCCAGUGAGGAAGCUGGAGUGAGACACAGCAGGGCGCACGUGUGGAAGGCUGGUAAACGUUCUCUGUGCGCAUGGCAUCCCACUGAAAAGAAGGUUCUGAAGGAAGACACCCUGUGACGGGAGCCAGCAGAGGCCGGCGCAGUGCUCUGGAGGAAAGCGUGUUUCUUGCCAGUGUCACUGCACUGAAUUUUUCAUCCUGCGUUCAAUGACUGACGCUCAGUGUUGAGCACCUCUUGCUUUUGCCUUUGUGUUGCGCAUCAGAGCCGCUGGGGUAGGGGAGAGGUGACUGAUUUCGCUGGCCGGCGCAGCACCCAGGGAAACAGCUCCGUCUCCCUGUAAGAUAGCAGACAGCAGAGAUCUGUGGAGUGAAGCAAGCUCUCUCCUGGUUCGUUUUUUUUUUUUUUUUUUAAGUAUUUAUUAAGCCUUGUGGCUUUUGUCUUCUCUUUUUUUAUAACUGAUUUCAAAGCAGCAGCAUCCAUCAAACAUUCCGCCUUCACUCUACCGGUAAAUACUCGUGCCGUGAAUGACCGUGCAGGCCAGCCAAAGGUAGAAGUCUAAUUUAGAAAAUGAAAGGGCUGGCGUUGUGCUGCGGUGGGAUUGGCCACCACUUGGGACGCCUGUUUGCCAUCUCCAAGUUCCACUUUAAGUCUCAGCCGCUGCUCUGCUUCUGAUCCCGUUCCCUGCCAAUGCACCUGGGAACCAGCAGUGGAUGGCUCAAGUACUUGGAGUUCCUGCCACCCACAGGGGAGACCCACAUGGAGUUCCUGGCUCCUGGCUUCAGCUUGGCCCAGCUGUUGCAGCCACUUGGGGAGUGAACCAGUGGAUGGAAGAACAGAAGUUCUGUCUGUCUUUGUCUCUUUCUCUCCAUCUCAAUCUGCCUUUCAAAUAAGUAAAUAAAUCUUUUUUAAAAAUGGAGAA